AUGAAGGGGAAAGUCUCUGGCAAAAAAAGCGCUAAGCUGAAUUCUAAAAACGUCUCGAAAGGUGGUAUUAAAAAGCAGCAACGAAUCAAAACCAAGCUGAGAAUCGAACAAGUGAACAAAGAGUCGUUCCUACUCUCUGAGCUCAACGAGAGAGAAACCAAGAAAAAUGUUAAGCCCUGCCCUGAAGCUCUAAAAGUCAAGAAAUUGUUGAAAGAUCAGCAGAGAGACAAAAAUACGCAGGAGGCAUUUCAGCAAGAAAAGAAAAAUACCGACGACCAUAUGCUGCGGCAACUCGAACAAAUCUCGGGGUUUUCUCUCUGA